AUGAAUCCGGACCAAGGAACCCCGCCCGCCGGACCGAGUACCGGCGGCAGCAACCCCUCCUCCAACUCCAACUCCUCCGCCCCCGUGCCCUCAUACACCAACCACCAGGCAUCGGCAUCGGCAUCGGCAUCAGCAUCGGCAUCAGCAUCGGCGUCAGCAUCAGCAGCCGCAGCCGCAAAACGCUCCCGCGUCCUCCUCUCCUGCGGGCCCUGCCGCAUCUCCAAACUGAAAUGCGACCGCUCCGAACCGUGCGGCCAGUGCCUGAAGAAAUCCCGCCCAGAAGGCUGCAUCUACGCGCCCAAGCCCGAGAAGCAGAAGUCCGCCAAGGGCAUGGCGGCGCGGCUCAAGAGGCUCGAGGGCAUGGUGAGGACGAUGAUGGAUGAAGGGAGCAACGGCGCGGGACCGCAGACUGCUGGUACUGAUGCUGCUGCCAACGCUGUGAAGGAGAAGGGCGUCGCGCAGCCUGGGGGUCAGCUUGUUCAGGGGGAGAGGGCGAGUACGUAUGUUGGGGCUACGCAUUUCAUGGCUAUUCUUGAGGAUAUUGAAGAUAUGAAGAGCUACUUUGAGGAGCCAGGGGCCGACUGCGACGAGAGCCCUGAGCCAUCGGACGAGAUCGAGGCCCCAGAUCUCAUGCUCUUUUCGAGAAACAUGCCUCGCAGCAGAGAAGAAUUGUUGAAGCUACUCCCCGAGCGCAAGAUUGUCGACAGACUCAUCAUGAGGUACUUUUCCUCUCGCAGUCCAUCACAACACAUCGUCCACAGACCAACCUUUGUAAAACAUUACGCCCGCUUCUGGUCCGACCCGUCCGGCACCGACCUCCACUGGCUAGCCCUCCUCUUCAUGGUCAUGUCUCUCGGCGUCUUCUACUCGACCUUCAUGGCGCCCCACGAGCUCUCGGGCGACUCCCCGCAGCCGCCCAUGGACCGCUUCAAGCUCUUCCGCGCCGCCGCCGCCUACUGCCUUGUCUGGGGCAAGUACACCCACCCCACCAUCGCCACCAUCCCGCCCUUCAUCCUCUACGUCGAGGCCGAGUUCAUCAUCUCCCGCGCCGCCCAGAUGAACUGCUACGUCCUCUCCUCCGUCUGCCUCCGCCUCCUCCUCAAAAUGGGCCUCCACCGCGACCCGGACCGCCUCCUCGCCGGCACCGUCUCCCCCUACGAGGCGGAGAUGCGCCGCCGCAUGUGGAACAUGGCCGUCCAGCUCGACCUCCUCGUCUCCUUCCACAUGGGCCUCCCCAGCAUGCUCAACGGCAUCGACGCAGACUGCGCCCUCCCGCGGAACCUCGUCGACGAGGACUUUGACGAAGACACCCCCGUCCUCCCGCCCGCGCGCCCGAUGACGGACUACACGGAGAUGACGUACCCCAUCAACAAGUCCGCCAUGAUACUCGUCUUCGGCCAGGUCGCGCGGCAGUCCCACCUCCUCGCCCCGCCGCCCUACGCCGAGGUAAUGCGCCUCGACGACCUCCUCAACGCCUCGUGGCGCGCCGUGCCGCCGUUCAUGAUGGUCAAACCCCUCCAGGAGUGCGUCACCACCCCACCCAUGCAAAUCAUCCAGCGCUUCGGCCUCGCCUCGCUCUACAACAAGAGCCGCUGCGUCCUCCACCGCCGGUUCCUCCUCGAGCCGCGGCCGCGGCGCGAGCACGACUACUCGCGCCGGCAGUGCCUCGAGGGCGCCGUCACCCUCCUCGACUUCCAAAACACGAUUUGGCACGCCUGCCAGCCGGGCAACAUGCUCAGCCAGCACGGCUGGUUCGUCUCCUCGCUCGCCGUGCACGAUUUCCUCCUGGCCGCCACCAUCAUAUACCUCGCCGUCGGCCACGAACCGUUCUGGGGCGGCGCCGACAUGGACGCGGACGGGACCACCGCCGCGGCGACAUCUUCGCCCGCGUGGAUGGCGGAGAUGGAAUCCCCACCUACGAGGGCGUACCUCCUGCACCUGCUGCAGAGGUCAUACUCCGUCUGGGUCGCCAUCGCGGGCGGCGUACCCGAGGUGAAGAAGACGGCGGAUAUCCUGGAGACGAUGCUCAGCAAGCUGGGGUCGCUGCCGAAUUUUCCGCCAGAGAACGGGGGCGCAAAGGUAUCGUCGGCGUCGGGACUUCGCCAGAGUGACGGGUCGGAAUCAGCGGCUCGUUCUGCUCAAGACGACCAACAGCUCCUCAACGGCCUCUCUAUCAAUGAUUCUACAUCGUUCCCUACGGCUACGACGAAUCGCUUCCAGCCGUUUGAGUUUGUGUCUUCAGGCCUCGGGCCUAGUGAACCUGGGCUCGAUCGUGGAUGGGUGGCCGUUGGCGAUGAAGAAAUGGACUGGCGAUACUUUGACAACAUUAUGGCCCAGCCUCACAACGACCCCAUCGGUCUCGAGUCACUAGACGCGUCCCAGCCGUGGUUCGAACGGACACUGGGACCCGAGGAUCUUGACUUCUCUAUGUCUAGUGCAUGGGAUCCGAGCUUGGGACAGUCACGUUGA